AUGACAACUUUUGAGUUGAAGUGGAUAAUUAUUAUUGUGAUAGGAAGCACAUGGUUACAGACUGUUGAUGGUAAUGACUUAGUAAGUUGGUAUUAUCAUUCUCGAUCGUACAGUCGUCUGUGUUAUUGUUCUAUUUACCUGGAUUCGUGUUAUCCCAAUGGAUGUGUGUCAGACGGAGGGUGCAGUAUUCCUUUACCCAAAAACUAUAUUGCCCAACAUCUACACGGAAAAACCAUUACUAUUGAUGGAAAACUUGACGACCCCGCCUGGGAGGAAGUGCCGUGGUCUGCUACAUUUGAUGAUAUACGUGGUCACACUUUUCAAAAGCCUAAGCUAAACACAAAGUUUAAGCUCAGAUGGGAUGACAAUCACCUGUACGUAGCCCUGCACAUGCAGGCCAAUAACAUGUGGGCAACGAUGACAGCGGAUGAAUCACAUUUAUUCAAAGAAAAUGCAGUUGACUUAUUCUUUGCUCCCGAUGAAACACUUCACAAUUAUAAACAGAUCGAGGGCAACGUUCGGAAUGCGACCUUUGAUAUUAGCCUCACAAAGGCUUACAUGGAUGGUGGAUUUGCUAAUGAAGCUUGGGAGAGCAACGAGGAAAAAGGAGUUACACAUGACGGAACAAUCAAUAGCCCCGAAGAUCCAGGUAGUUUCUGGACAACGGAAUGGGCAAUACCUUUCCGCACUCUUGCUGAGAGAUCUACAAGAAAUCAGUCCAAACCAUUCGAUAAUGAAGUCCUCUUUCUACAAUUUGCCAGAAUGAACCAGCAUCUUAAAGUGAUACGAGGCACCUAUGAACUGGACACUCCUGCUGUAACAGACUGGUGGACUUGGGAACCAAUCGGAGCUGUCAAUCUUCACAUUCCAAGUCGAUGGGGACUUGUGAUGUUUUCAAGAGAUAUGAAAAACCAAGUGUUUUCUUUUCCGAGAUGGCACAUUUAUAAAACUUUAUUUGCAGUUUUUGAUGCGUUGCAGCAAUACAAAGCUAUGAAUGGUAUUUAUAGUUCCAAACUAGAUGAAAUCCCUGUUCCACGUCACGUGUACAGACGCCGCUGUAUCGAACUUCCUGUAAUAGAGAUACUCAGCAACGGAUUUGUUGUCACGGUGAAAUCUCGCGUCACUGGCGAGACCGGAAGUAUAGCUCAAGACCGUGGUAUCGCCUUUCACUGA